AUGAUCCAGGCCCGGCUCAAGCAUCACCGCCUGUCGCUGCAGCGCCUCGUGCCCCUGCGCCUGCGCUACAUCUUCCUGCCCGCCCUGCUGUGGUGCCUCAUCGGAAGCCUCUUCUUCUGCUCGCGACACCCGCGCCUCGUCGCCCUCGUUGCCACGCACCGCCAGCUUUUCUUUGGCGCCGCCGUUGAUGCCCCGCCCGUCCAUCGCAUGCCGCUCGCAGCCGCCCGCGACCCCUUGCCGCCUCGAAUUGCCUGCUUCGGCCCCCGUGAUAGGCUUCUCUCCGACAGCCCCGAUGACGACCUGCAUCACUCGGACCUGCGUGGCGUCGAAUAUCCGCUACCCUUCCUCGGCUCCCAGCGCGAGCUUGGCAUCGCCUCGACGUGGAUGACGGCCGAUGGCCGCUACGGUCCCUAUGGCUUUGGCCAAGACUCCCCAAACUAUCGUCGCUCAAAAGUCGACUGGCAAAGGCUCGACUGGGGCCUCCUGCAGGAUAGCUGCAUGUGGCGAAACGCUGCUCGAUUUCCCCGCGUCGCCCCCUCGGUGCUCUUCAACAGGAGCCCCAGGUUCACGUGGAGGAACCAGACGUCCCUGUCAAGCCCGACCAUGGCUUGGCACAACUUCAAUGCCACGCGACGCACCGCCCUCGUCCUACGUGCCUAUGCCAACUAUGACUACAAGCCCGAGGACCUGUGGAACAUCCGCUCUCUGGCCGUCGAGGCGGCCCUGCGCACCGGUGGUGAGUAUGCCCUGGUGCUGCUCGUCCAUGUUCAGGAUCGCGAGCGCAAUAUUUUCCAGUCAAAGGCCAACUACGACGCUGCCUUUGAUGCGGCCGCCAUCCCGCCCGAGCUGCAGUCCGUCGCCGUUCUUUGGGACGACCACUUGCUGGAAUCGUGGUAUGCCGCCGUUGGGGAGCACAGAACAAUGUGGGCCGUGAACCAGCCUCUCCAGCUCUUUGCGCUGCACUACCCGGAGUUUGACCAUUACUGGCAACUCGAGCUCGACCAACGAUUUAUGGGAGACGCCGGCGAGUACCUCGACGCCGUCUCGUCCUUUGCGCGAAAUGAGCCCCGCAAGCAGGCGCUCGAGCGCGCGACAUAUGCCUUCAACGAAGAUAUAUACGGCACAUACCAGAACUUUACCGACCGCGUCAACGUGGCCAACAAAGGCAUGUCGCGGGCUUGGGGCCCGGUCAAGAUUCCGGAUAUCCAGCCGAUUGGGCCGGAACCGCCAGUCGCUCUUCCCGACGACGACGACUUUGCUUGGGGCGUCGGCGAGGAGGCCGACGUGGUGGUGACGAGCUUUUGCGCCGAUGUCAUGCAGACGGGGUGGACCUUUCGGGGAUACAUCGAGGGCUUCAGACUCGGGGACCAGACGCCGCGCUGGUUCUGUCCGCCGGCCAUUAUGCGCGCCAGCAGGGCCCUUCUCCUCGCCGUGCACCAGGCGCAGCACGACAAGGGACUCAGCCUGCCGAGCGAAGCGGUGCUGCCGACGUGGGCGCUCUGGCACGGCCUCAAGCUGAGCUACCCGCCGCAGCCGGCGUACAUGCGGCCGCACGAGGCGCACCUCGAGGACUUCGGGGACGACUGGACGCGCGACGCGGCGCACCGGCUCAACACGACGGUGACGCCCUGGUUCGGCAACGCCACCGAGGACUCGCCCGACGGGCUGUCGCACGGCGACCCGCAGCGCUAUGCCGACCGCGGCCUCUCCUGGUGGUGGACGGCCGAGUACCCGCGCACAAUCGUCGACGCCUGGCUGGCGGGCGACGCUGCAAACGGCAAGAUGCCGGGCAUGCUGGCCGUGCGCAACGGCGAGGUCUAUGCCCCCAACAUGGCGAUGCACCCCGUCAAGUCCUAG